GACCACACAACACAACACAGGGAAAGAGGACCAGACCCCCUAAUACGAGUACUUACUACUCUCCAAAUCUCGUUUCCCGGGCCAUCUCUAAUCACCAAUAUCAAGAAUAUAUUUCUUUCUUUUUCCUUUUGUUUUACCUUAUGCUAAAAAAUGUUUCCUAAUUUUAGAUCCUUCUUCUUCCAUUAAUUACACCUUCCAUCUAUCUCAGUUUAUUUUUAUUUUUAAUGGUCAUCAGUCCUUUCUUUCUUCUUUGCUUAGAGGGAAGAAAGGAGUGUGUUGUGUUGUCUCUCUCGCUCUCUCUCUGUUAUUACAUUUCUUUUUUCCCAUCCAUUCAAUUUCAUUGAAACAAGCCUGACCCAUGUUUUAUCAAGGAUGGAUUAUUUAACACAUUUCCUAAGGCUUAAAAAGAUGAUUUCUUGAUGUGGGGUUUCAUGGGUUGAACUACUCAAGGUAUCAAUGGGUGGCUUCAGUGAUGAUGAAGAAGGAGAAGGCGAAUGUCGAUUUUUUGAUGCCCCGGAUACCAUUUCCCAGGUUUCUGAUUCGGAUUCAGGUUGUAACUGCAACCCGAUUCCCGAAAUUGACAAUGGUAUUAGCUAUGAUGAGUGGAUUAAAACUCCCACAAGUGUUGUUGAAAGGCGUAGGCAAUUCCGUUGUUGGUUGGGAUUAAGUGUAGAUGGAAUGUCUGGAGAAGAUGAUCCAGUAGAUAUAUGUGCAAGUUCUGAUUUAUCUAAUGGAGAGAUUGAAAGAAUUACGGAGAGUAGUGGAGCCGUAUUACGGACUUCAGUUUUUAAGGACGAAUUUUGUUCUUACCAGUCUUCUAUGCCUGGUUUGUGUGGGGAAACUGUGGAUUCAUCAAAUGAGAAUUUCUUAUGUAGAAGUGGCAAUGCUGAGGCAGAGAAUGAUUGCCAGCAAAGUAAUAACAGAGUUGUUAGAUUGGAACGACUGCUAAUGUCUCGUGAGCUUGAGAAAUCAAACUCUCCAUGUGUGUCCCCCCUGAUUGGGAAACUUCGACAUGGAGAAUUGGAUAAAAAUGGAGAAAGUCCGAAGAAACUGAAUGGAGUUAAGAGUCGGUUAUUAAGCAGGCUACGUUCAUUUACGUGCGUAGCAAAUGGUGAAGGGGGAUGUCAUGAUUCGACGGACAACAGUCCCAACCUUGUUCAGAGGUCUAGAGUUCGGAGGGUUAAAGUUCGCCAUUGUAAGAAACGGUUGAAGGAACUCUCUGCUCUUUUCAUGGGGCAGGAUAUCCAGGCUCACGAGGGUUCGAUUUUAUCUAUGAAAUUCAGUUUUGAUGGGCAGUACCUAGCUAGUGCUGGUGAAGAUAAGAUUGUGCGGGUGUGGCAAGUGGUUGAAGAUGAGAGAUCCAAUGAAUUUGAUAUUCCAGAGUUGGAUCCUUCAUGUAUGUAUUUCACGGUGAACCAUCUUUCUCAACUGGCUCCUCUGGCGACAGAGAAAGAGAGAGAUAGUAGUAAGUUGAAGGGCCUUAAGAAAACAACAGAUUCUGCCUGUGUCAUUUUCCCACCAAAGGUCUUCCGAAUUCUGGAAAAACCACUGCAUGUGUUCGAAGGGCAUACUGGGGAGAUAUUGGAUCUCUCAUGGUCAAAGAAUAAUCAGUGUUUGCUCUCAUCAUCAACAGACAAAACUGUUCGUCUGUGGCAAGUUGGAAAUGAUCUGUGCCUCAGGGUUUUUUCACAUAGUAAUUAUGUGACUUGUAUACAAUUUAACCCAGUGAAUGAUGAAUACUUCAUCAGUGGAUCAAUAGAUGGGAAAGUUCGAAUUUGGGCCGUUAACAGCGGUCAAGUAAUGGAUUGGACAGAUAUCAGAGACAUAGUGACUGCUGUUUCCUAUCGUCCUGAUGGAAAGGGUGGGAUUAUUGGCUGUAUGGCAGGCAGUUGCCGUUUUUUCAGUUUAGAAGGUCAUGAAAUCCAAUUAGAGGAGCAGAUGUGCUUGGCCACUAAAAAGAAGUCAAUUUGCAAAAGGAUUACUGGCUUUCAGUUUCUUCCACAAGAUCCAUCUAAAGUAAUGAUUACUUGUGCUGACUCUCAUGUCAGAAUCCUAGAUGGCAUCAAUGUUAUCGGCAAGUACAAAGGCCAGCGAACUGCAGGAAACCAUCUCACUGCCACUUUCACUUCUGAUGGAAAGCAUAUUAUCUCUGCCUCUGAAGAUUCUAAUGUCUAUGUAUGGAACUGCGACAUUCCCAAAGAUUAUGUAUCUCAACCUAAAGUGGUGAGGUCAUCUGAGUUCUGCUCCAGUGAUUCCUCCAUUGCAAUACCUUGGUCUGGCUUGAAAACUGUAAAUCCAGAUAAUGGACGGCAUUCUGGAGGACUUAUUCAAAGUUCAAAUAACACAUUACCCUUCAUUACCUCUCCUUAUCUUUCCUUGGGUAGUGAGUUGUUCCUUGAGGCAAUUCCAAAGGGAUCAGCAACUUGGCCUGAAGAGAAGCUUCCCAUGUCAAGUCCUCGGUCUGUGUCUUCUGGGAUGUGCAAAUCUGAAUACAAGUUUCUGAAAAGUUCUUGCCAGAGUUCAUCCAAUUCUCAUGCAUGGGGUUUAGUCAUUGUUACUGCUGGCUACGAUGGGCGAAUAAGGUCAUUUCAUAAUUAUGGAUUGCCUUUGCCACUUUGAGGAGUAGUACUAUACUGGGGUUUUCUGGAACUGGAAGUUAUCUCAUCUUUCGGAACCUCCUGUUGGAUAAUUUAUGUUGUGACCGCCCUGCUUGAGAACACCACUUUCUUUUUCAUCCGGUCUUGCAGGGAAGGAUCCAACUCUUGAUGUUGCAAAUGAAGUUUUAUUGGAGAUGGAUAUCUGCUGCUAAUGGUGAGAUAUAUACUUGCACAAGUAGAGAUCGUUUUAUAAAUGUAUCCUGUGUGGCUGCGAGACCUUAUAGAGCCACUUUCGUUUGUUCGACUGGGAAUAAGCUGCCGAAAUUUUCUUCGAGCAGAUAUGGUUUGUUGGCUGGUCAGAAUGAUUGAACUGUUUCAUCUGCCAUUUGGUUCAUUGAAGACGGGAUUGACCACAUGACACUAGUGAGAAGGCUACUUGGGCAGCUUCUUCGUGCAUUGGUUUAGCUGCUGAAUUGUACAUGAAUCUGAGUUGCUACAAUUGUGAUAAUUCUUCCAGGAAAGUGCUCUACCUCUUUUUGGAAUAGCAGGCUCUUUUCUGGUUAAAGUGGCAACUACAGGGGUAUGCAAGGUGUCAUGGGGAUUACACUAACAAAUAGAUGUCAUUUCCAACUUAUAGCUUUAAAAGAUAGAUUUAGUAGUUCUUUAUCAAAAAAAAAAAGAGAUAGAUAUAGUAGUUUCAAUCUCAAAGAAGAAGAAGAUAGAUUUAGUAGUGACACGAUGUUGAUGAUGAUUCAACGCGUAUGAAAUAUGACACAUCACGUCAAUUGUUAGUUCUGUAUAGUAGUAAUUAGGUAGUGUAUAUGCUUUGUAUAUGCAUGGGGGCUAAGGGAUCUCUUACGAAGUAAAAAUAACACCAACUGAGCUUUGUGUUGAGGUUCAUCAAUUUUUGUAUCCCACUAUUCUCAUUGAAAUUCUUGAAAUUUAAAUUUGUU